UCCCUUGACAUUAGUUUAACUGAUGAAAAUGAUUUGUACUUUUUAUUCACUGCGAAAAUAUAUGCGUGUGAUUUCCAAAGGUUUGUGGUUGUUUACCUAAACGUUGUUAGAAUAAAGGAACAGCAAGGUCUUCUCGUAGAAUACAAUGCAUUUGGACAGAUGCUUAUUGACCUUCUUUCCAAGUGCCUGCAAGAGGAAUGCAAUCUUUCACCAAGAUACAUUUUGAAAUUUUCAGAGUCAACCGAACCUCAUGUCCUUCAGAUUGUGGAAACCACGGAUUUUCGUCGUCUAACGCACUUGGCAAUCAAUUUCUGUGCGGCUUCUGAUGAGGCUUUAAAGGCCUAUCUUGUAUCAUGCAUCAAGAAAAUAAAGACAAAUUAUGAACUCGCUUUGGAUAAAUGUCGUCUUGCGGAAGCGAAUCUCAGUCAUCAAUUGGCCUCCUCCAGUCAAAUGUCCAAUGAACUUACAAGUAAAUUGGAGGAUCUAAAAGAAAGUCAGCGACGUGAAGUGUGUGAUUUAAAAAACCGGUAUGAGACCCAGCUAGAACACAUCAUAUCUUCCAAUGAGAAGGCUAUUGAACUUAUUACAACAAAACAUUCUUCUGAACUGAAAGCCCUCCAAGAGACACAUGAGACCGAGAUAUCGGGGCUCAGAUCCAAAUUAGAGUCACAGACAUCGGCUCUUAACACUGGUAAUCUUCGUGAGGAGGAACUAAAACUUCAAUUAAACUCGCUUUCAAAGAACCUUGUGGACACCGAAACUAUUCUUUCAGGUUUACGAAAUGAAAAUGACGCGCAAAAGUCGGAGAUCCUUUCAUUAAGAGUAAAAUGUGACCAACUUCAGUCAUCCAUAUCUCAUCUCACAACCAAGUAUGAAAAUAUGGAGUCGAUGUUUACUGUAGAGCAGAAGCGGGCAAGCUUUCUGGACUCCGAAUGCAACUCUCAGAGGGAACAAGUUAGAGUGGUCCAGGAAGACCUACAAAAAAAAGCCAAACAUGUCGAAAAACUGGAAAGACUCCUGAAACAACAGACCAGCGAAGUGACAAAGGCAAAUAGUAUAAUCAAACAACUUCAGAAGGAAUUAAAGACAACUCAUAAUAAGGCAAAACUACGUGGGCAAGUGGCCACGGAGCAGGAAAAGGUGUUAACAGUGAAAGAAUCGGAAUUGGAAGACGCGCAGACGAUGGUACAGGAAUUACAGCAACGCCUCAAGGCUGAACAGGCCAAACAGGCGCAAGGCGAUUUUCAGAUUAACGAACUGCAGGCUUCUCUCGAGGAGGCGAAAAAGACCAUCGAAAAUAACGAGAAUAUCAUCUCGUGGUUAAAUCGUCAAAUUUCUGAGUCCUACACGUCGUCAUGGCAGCAGCGCCUGAAGUCAGCCGGCAUUACCAUCAUGCCCUCCUACAUGUCUGAGAAGCAGCCGCCACCCCCGCAAAUUUUGCCAUCCGGGGUGGCCGGUGAGCACCCCCCGAUCAAUAGUGGCCUCAUUCACCUGCCCCCCCUAGGGUCCGUGAGAUCCGCCAGUGGCCUACCGUCGACCACCACGUCCUCCGCCCACCUCCCCAAUUCGUCUGCUGCAGGCAUCCCAGCCAGUUUCACCAGCACCACGGCGUCGAACGUUGGUCCUUCUAGCGUGACUUCAACGAGCGUCGGCUCGCGCACCUUCGGCAGCAGCCCCGUUGUGGGUCGUGGCGUCACCGCAAACGGGGUCUCCUCCCAGCCACUUGCCCCCAACACCCCAAUCACGACGGUGGCAUCCACACGACCUCCUACCGUCUCGUCCGUCGCAUCGAACGCACACCGAGUCACCCCAAGGCCUCCCGUCUCCUCGUCGUCCUCCCGUCUGACUGCGGAGUUGGCAGGAAUGUCAAUUCGAUCUCCGGUGAACCACGAUCGCGCUAACCCCCUCUUGUUACGGCAACCGACCUCACUCCAAUCGGUGCCAAAGCCUACGAACUGUUUAUCUCACGCGAGCGAUUUCGACAGCAGCUUGAGUCGACAGUCAGAUGGCAGUCGAGGUCCCCUUCAUGAUAGCCACAACCAGCCGCCUUCGUUUGUUUCCUCGUACUUUCCUCAGGCCGCUGGACCCAACUAG